CUGCUAGACCGAACUAUCCCACCCAUGGCGUGAGUCGAGUAAUGCGCUCCUCCGCCUCUUCCUGCCUUUCCUCCACCGCCGCCACCAUGGAUUCCUACCCCGACAACACCUACUACUAUUAUUCCUCCACAUCCUUCUACUACGACGGCCCAAAUGACCACACCACCUGUCCGAUUUCCAACACCGCAAUCUCCUUCCCCAUCGACUCCCCCGAUGGAACCCCGACGCCCAUCCCCGACCGCCUUCCCGCCUCCGUCACUGCGGCCGCCGCCAUCAGCAUCCAGUCCGCCUACCGGGGCCACCUGGUCCAAACCCUCGUGGGGCAGAUCAGAGCCGUCGAGGCCGAAGCCGCCCGGAUGGAGCAGCGAAUCCGGCGGCAGGAGACGGUGGACGCCGUCAGGAGGGACGAGCGGGAGCGGCUCCGGGUGAGCGAGGGCCUAAUGGCCCUGCUGCUCCGGCUCGACUCCGUGCCGAGUGUCUACCCGGCGGUGCGGGAGCUGAGGAGGGCCGUCGCCCGCCGGAUCGUCGCGCUCCAGGAGGUCCUCGAUGCCGUCGUGGCCGCGGCGCCCGUCACCGCCGUCGAGGGGAUUCCCGCGAGCUGGGACGAGAUCCUGCAGGUAAUCUGGGUAGCGGAGGAUGACGAGGUAGAGAUGGGUCUUCCCGAGACAGGAUUCAACUACUUGGAGAAGUUUCUGUUCGAGGUGUAAUUUAUGCAUCUUACUUCCUCUAUAUAUAUAUAUAUAUGUAUAUAUAUAUGGCGGGGUG